AUGUGGAAGCCGUCGGAGCGCCUGAUGGAGACCAUCAGGCACUAUGCCAGCUUCCCCGCAACCGGUGUCUCUCUGCGACAGAUGGUCCAGUUUGGUGACCGUCCAUCUACUGGAACUCUCUUCCGUGCCUCACAAUUCCUCUCUGAGGAGCUUCCCAUUCGUCUAGCGCACCGAGUACAGGAUCUCGGUGAGUUACCCGAUGGGCUCAGUGAGAUGCCCUCCAUCAAGAAAGUCCAAGAUUGGUAUGCCCAAUCAUUCGAGGAAAUCAUUACCCUCCCCCGACCCUCUCUGACUCAGGAAGUCAGAAAUCGUCUAUUGCGACCGGGCCGCGUCAAUGGCCACUCCAAAAUUCUCUCCGAAGUAACCUUGAACCCCAGUGUGAAAGAGGGCCAAUACCGCUCCUCUCCGAUGGGCGCCAAUAGCCUUGUUCUUAAUGGGAAAGCUGCCGCAACGGGCCGCCGCUACUUUUUCCCUGCGGACGACCAUGCGGAAUGGCCACCAGAGCUCAACGACUACAACCAACGAUUCGCCAAGACUCUGCAACAGAUCAAGCGACGCCACGAUGGCGUGGUCACCACGGUGGCCCAGGGUAUCCUAGAAUGGAAACGUGUACGACAGCGCAUGCAGAUCGACUCCACCAUUCAGUCCUUUUUGGAUCGCUUCUAUAUGUCUCGAAUUGGUAUACGGAUGUUAAUUGGUCAACAUAUCGCGCUCACGGAACAAACAAACGUCAAACACCCGCACUAUGUUGGAAUAAUCUGCACUAAAACCAAUGUGAAGGAUAUUGCGCUGGAAGCCAUUGAGAAUGCCCGCUUUGUCUGUGAGGACUACUAUGGUCUGUUCGAGUCGCCCAAGGUUCAGCUGGUCUGCCGGGACGAUUUGAACUUCAUGUAUGUUCCCGGACACCUAUCCCACAUGCUCUUUGAAACCCUGAAGAACUCCCUUCGGGCGGUUGUCGAGCGACACGGUGCCGACCGGGACCAAUUCCCCGUGACCAAGGUAAUAGUGGCAGAGGGCAAGGAAGACAUCACAAUCAAGAUCUCCGACGAGGGUGGUGGCAUCCCACGGUCUUCGAUUCCUCUAGUCUGGACCUACAUGUAUACGACCGUGGAGCAGACCCCGAGCCUCGACCCGGACUUUGACAAGAGCGAUUUCAAGGCUCCAAUGGCCGGUUUCGGUUACGGACUGCCAAUAAGCCGACUGUAUGCUCGCUACUUUGGCGGAGAUUUGAAGUUGAUCAGUAUGGAAGGAUACGGUACCGACGUCUACCUCCACCUGAACCACGGCCGGGUCCGGCCUACCACCUCGCACCGCCUGCACCCUUUCUACGGUGAACCGGAAGCCCAGCCCGUGCCGCCUCGAGGACUGACGCCCAUGAAUGUGCAGGCCCAUAGCUCCCGCAUGCGCAGUCGAGAAGUCUCGGAGCGUAAGCAGGUGGGAGAUGCUGAGAGUAUGUUCCAUUCUGAACAGCGGCAGCGAGGAGAGAAAGAGAUGUAA